GGCCAGCGCUCUUACGCGCCGAACAGCUCCUUACCGGAAGUGAAGUGCAGGGGUUUGGAGUUUGAAUUCGAUUUUUCUGCAGCGGGGAAUUGACUGCACUUUUCGGCUGCCAACAUGAAACUCGUAAGAUUUCUGAUGAAGUUGAGUCAUGAAACCGUCACUAUUGAACUCAAGAACGGUACUCAAGUCCAUGGGACAAUCACAGGUGUUGAUGUCUGUAUGAACACACAUCUGAAAGCUGUGAAAAUGACAUUAAAGAAUCGGGAGCCAGUCCAACUUGAAACACUCAGUAUUCGUGGAAACAACAUUCGCUACUUCAUUCUCCCAGACAGCUUACCACUGGACACACUACUGGUAGACAUUGAGCCCAAAGUCAAGUCUAAGAAGAGGGAAGCUGUUGCAGGCCGAGGCAGAGGACGAGGGAGAGGAAGAGGACGGGGGCGAGGAAGAGGCAGAGGUGGACCAAGGAGAUAGAAGUGAAAUUAUCCCCAUUACUGAAAUGAAACUCGUGAAAUGUUUGUACAGGUUUAUGUUUAUUUUGCUGAGAAAUGUUUUGUUUUGUGUUUUCUCUCUUUUAUAAUAAACUUGACCCCUGUUUGUCUUAAAGUUGCA